GCUCCUCCCCUAAAGGCCUGACUAAAGCCGAGACCAUCCAUGUGAAAGUUCGUGCGGUCCUGAAGAAACGAGAAUACGGAGCCAAAUACACUCAGAACAACUUCAUCACGGCGGUCCGAGCCAUGAACGAGUUCUGCCUGAAACCCAGUGACCUCGAGCAGCUUCGUAAGAUCAGACGGCAGCCCCACGACGACACGGAGGCUUUCACUGUGUUUCUGCGGUCCGACGUGGAGGCCAAAGCCAUCGACGUCUGGGGGAGCCACGAAGCUCUGGCCCGAGAGAGAAACCUCAGGAAGGAGGUGGAGAAGGAAUACCAAGAAAAUAUUUUCCGGAACCAGCAGCUGCUGAAGGAAUACAAAGACUUCUGGGGAAACACCAAGCCUCGAUCAGGGCAGAGGGCGACUUUUCUCCAGGGUCCGGGGAAGGUGGUGAUGGUCGCUAUCUGCAUCAACGGGCUGAACUUCUUCUUCAAGCUGCUGGCGUGGGUCUACACGGGCUCAGCCAGCAUGUUCUCAGAGGCCAUCCACUCUCUGGCCGACACCUGCAACCAGGCUCUGCUCGCACUCGGGAUCAGCCAGUCGGUGCGCAACCCUGACGCCGUGCACCCGUACGGCUUCUCCAACAUGCGCUACAUCGCCUCGCUCAUCAGCGGCGUGGGGAUCUUCAUGAUGGGAGCUGGCCUCUCCUGGUACCAUGGCAUCAUGGGAUUGCUGCACCCUGAACCCAUGGAGUCUCUGUUGUGGGCGUACUGUAUUCUAGCGGGCUCUCUGGUGUCUGAAGGAGCCACGCUACUCGUAGCCAUCAACGAGAUCAAGAAGAGCGCCCGGCAGCAGGAAGUGUCUUUUUAUGAAUACGUGAUGCAGAGUCGAGACCCCAGCACCAACGUGGUGCUGCUGGAGGACGCCGCCGCCGUGUUAGGAGUUAUCAUGGCGGCCGGGUGCAUGGGGCUCACCUCUCUCACAGGUAACCCUCACUACGACAGUCUGGGCUCUCUGGGCGUCGGCACCCUGCUGGGCUGCGUCUCCGCCUUCCUCAUCUACUCCAACACGGAGGCUCUGCUGGGACGCUCCAUCCAGCCCGAGCGUGUGCAGAAGCUGACGGAGUUCCUGGAGAACGACCCCGCUGUAAGGGCGAUCCACGACGUGAAGGCCACGGACAUCGGGCUGAGUAAAGUGCGCUUCAAGGCCGAGGUCGACUUCGAUGGUCGAGUGGUGACGCGCUCUUAUCUGGAGAAACAAGACAUCGACCAAAUCCUCAACGACAUCCAGCAGGUGAAGACCCCCGAGGAGCUCGAGAGCUUCAUGCUGAAACACGGAGAGAACAUCAUCGACACGCUGGGCGCCGAGGUGGACCGUCUGGAGAAAGAACUCAAGGUACACGAGGUCGCUGUUGUUACAGAGCGCCAUUUACACGCUUUAUUUUACCACAGGAUCUGUGUGCGCUGCGUUCCAUCCACGCCGCGCCCUCUCUAGUCUCUGCUCGUCUUUCCACUGUACACGCCGCGGCCCUUAUCGCACGCCGUGGGCAGAGCUAAACCCUGGGCGAGGCUGUGCACACUGAUCCUGUGGAAACUCACAGCAGGUUGCAUCACUUCCUGUCUUUGAAGGCAUCAGGUCACGUUAGAGGUGGGCGAAAUAGAAUAGAAUAGAAUGACUUUAUUGAUCCC